UCUCUUGGACUCGUGAGCUGCGGAAGAAGACGAGGAAGGAGAAGAAGAAGAAGAAGCUCUAUAUAUGCCCAUCACUUUCUCCCCUUUCCUCCUUUCUAAAACAGCUUCUCCUUCAAAAUCUCCCCAAUCCAGUCUUUUCUGAUCGGCAGUGCCUUUUCCCUUAAUCAGUUUCCUCUCUUCUCUUCCGUUUCUUCGAAAGUUGGCGGCCAUGGAAGAAGAAGGUAUGGUGGUGAACCAAGGGAGGGAGCAUCAGGAGCUGAUGGACUUGCCUCCGGGCUUCAGAUUCCACCCCACGGACGAGGAGAUCAUAACCCACUACCUCACUCCCAAGGUCCUGAACAGCUCCUUCUCCGCCAGUGCAGUCUCGGAAGUAGAUCUCAACAAGUGCGAGCCCUGGGACUUGCCAACGAAAGCCAAGAUGGGCGAGAAAGAGUGGUACUUCUUUUGCCAGAAGGAUAGGAAGUACCCGACAGGGACCAGGACCAAUAGAGCCACGGAGUCUGGGUAUUGGAAGGCCACAGGCAAAGAUAAGGAGAUUUACAGAGGGAGAGGCAGGCUCGUGGGAAUGAAGAAAACCCUUGUUUUCUACAUGGGUCGAGCCCCCAAGGGAGAGAAGACUAACUGGGUCAUGCAUGAGUACAGAUUGGAGGGCAAAUUGGCUUACUACAAUCUCUCCAGGGCCGCCAAGGAUGAAUGGGUGGUGAGUAGGGUUUUCCACAAGAGCACGGGCGUCAAGAAAGAUCCGUCUCCAGGCCUGCUCACAAGAAUCAAUUCUUAUGUCGAUGACUUUCUGGAUAUGUCUUCACCCCCGCCGCCUCUCAUAGACGCCCCUUCUUCAAGCAGACCGAGCUCGAGCUUCACCGAUGGGGAAAAUGAACUGAAGGGCGUGAUCAAUUCAGGCCCAAGAGCGCUGGAUGGGAACGGCAGUUACUUUUAUUUUCCGGCAGAUUCGACUGAUAACCAGAACCAAGUACUACUCCAGGAGCAAGGAGAUCGCAUGAAUUAUUGUCAUGUGAUGAACCCAAGUAUUGAUGCCAGUCAUUGCCCUCCACAAUUAUCGAAUCAUCCUCCUCUCUUUCCCUCUCACGGGUCUACAAAUCCUGAGGAGUACUUGCACCAAGGACCAAGCGACGUGGGAUCAAGCUUUGGUGGCACGGGUUUCAGCUGUGGGAGCACCGAUCCUGCUCUUCUAAGAGCAAUAAGGGCAAAUUUUGGGGCAUCGAACCCCCAAAAUAACAAUCAGUGCAAAGUGGAGCAGUUUUCAUCCAAUCAUUCUAUGGUUAGUCUAUCUCAAGACACCGGGCUCAGCACGGAUGUUAACAAUGAGAUAUCUUCUGUACCGAUCUCCAAGCAAGAAGUGGGCAGCUGUGACGCAUUUGAAGACCUCGAGGGUUUAUCAUCAGUAGGCCCGAUUCAAGAUUUCGGUUUUUGGGACUACUGAUCAAGAUUACAAAACAUAGACAGCAUCUUAUAGAGAUGAUUAUUUUAGAACAGUGAUCCCUCUCGAGUAUAUCUAGUUCUUCAGGUUCUUGGAUCCUUAUAUUCCUGUACAUAAAAUAUUCCCGAUGUCCAGCACCUCUUAGAUCCUUCUCUUAUCGAGGGACCAAAGGGAACGUAUUACGUGAUUAUAAUUUAUGAACAUCUUAUGUAAAUUAUUGUUUUUCUUAUUGUGUUUUUGCAGCUAUGUAUUA